AUGACUGGUUCAUUAAAUGAUAUAAGAGAUGAUACAUUCAUUGGUAAUAAAGCUCAAGAAUAUCGGGGAUUAUUGAAACUUCUGUACCCAAUUGAACAUGGGGUAGUGAAGAAUUGGUCAGAAAUGGAGAUAUUGUGGAAUCAUUUAUAUACCCAUGAUCUUAAAGCCACUCCUGAAGACCAUCCUUUGUUAAUAACUGAAGCUCCAUUGAAUCCUCGUUCCAAUAGAGAUGAAAUGUGUAAGAUAUUGUUUGAAAGUUUCAAUAUUCCUUGUAUGUAUAUAUCGAUUCAAGCAAUAUUAUCAUUAUAUGCCUCGGGUAGAACCACAGGAGUAGUGGUAGAUAGUGGAGAUGGUGUUACUCAUAUUGUACCUGCGUUUGAGGGGUUUUCCUUACCUACGUCUAUCAAACGUAUGGAUAUUGCAGGAAGAGACAUAACUGAACAGUUGGUUUAUAAUAUCAGGAAAAUGUCGGGACUUUCAUUUCUGAGUUCUUCUGAGUUCGAAUUAGUUCGUGAUAUCAAAGAGAAAUGUUGUUUCAUAUCUAAAGAUCCUAUUAAAGAUGAAAAAUUAUAUAGUAACGUUCAUUAUCUUACUAGUGGGACGAACUUUUCAACAGAUUUGAUUUCGAAUUAUAAAUUACCUGAUGGUCACAAUUUACAAUUGAGUUCAGAAAGAUUCAGAUCAACUGAAAUACUAUUCAAUCCUCAAUUGAUAGGUGAUGAAUCACCAGGGAUAUCUCAAUUAACAAAUUUAUCUAUCACAAAAACCGACAUUGAUCUCAGACCGACAUUAUACAGUAAUAUCAUCUUGUCUGGAGGUAAUACCUUAUUGAGGAAUUUCGGUGAUAGACUUUUAUCUGACUUGAAAGAAUCUCAAUCCAUGACAAGUUAUGACACUAAGAUGAAAAUUAAGAUAACGGCACCUCCAGAAAGAAAACAUUCGACAUGGAUCGGAGGAUCCAUUUUAGCAGGGUUAUCGACAUUCAAGAAAAUGUGGGUAACAAGUCAAGAAUAUCAAGAAGAUCCUGAAAUUAUUCAUAGAAAGUGUAUUUAA